AUGAAGCUUUGGGAUUCUCCACGAUCUUCGUUCCCAUAUUCAUUUGAUGAAGUGGUCAGUGCUUUUUGGGACAGAUAUCCUAACUCACAUGCUAAGCACAUCCUCUCGGAGGAUGUACUCGAGCGUCAAAUUACGGAUAACACCAUUGUUACCAAGAAGCUGAUUAUCAAACAAGGUAGCUCAAUUCUAAAGCGAGUUCCCCGUUGGAUAUCACGAAUGACCGAUAUUCGAGUUGUUCCAGUUAUCGAGGAGAGUGUAUAUGAUAGAGUUUCAAAGAAGCUUGUCACGUACACGAGAAAUGUUUCACAUCUUUCAUUAUUCGAACUUCACGAAAGAUGCGUUUACAAACCAUCAGAGGAGCAACAGCUCAAUCAUCCCGCACUUUUGACCGACGUACUCCGAAGUGUCACAGUUUCUAUUGAUUGUGGAAGGAUGAGUUCAGUUUACGAGCAAGUUCUUCUGAUGGGUUUCAAGAAGUCUAUCAAUAACACAACCAAAGGGAUGUUUGAAAAGUUAGAAGAAAAGUUCGGAGUGAGGCAUCUGGCAACUGAAAAGAUGAAACUGAUCAAAGAGAAGAUAAUUAAAUCCUCUUCAAAUCUGGUCACGCAUGUGAAGUGCGACGAAGAAAACGAAACAGUUUGA